ACAUCACCUACAUGCUUCCGCACUGCAGCCAUUUUAAAGACAUAGCGGGUAGAAGUAUUGUGUAACAACAAAUUUGAAAAUAAUUUACGGCAAACUGAUGCAAAAUACUUGUUAACAAAAUAAACAAAAAGUAAAAAAAAUGAGUGAGCUUGAUCCAGGCAAGCUUGACAAGCUGAGGGUAGCAGAUCUUCAGAAAGAACUUGGGGCGCGUGGUCUUGAUACAAAGGGAAAGAAAUCUAUAUUGAUCUCACGUUUGAAGAAGGCCUUAAUAGCUGGAGAUGAUGGAAGUGAAACAGCAGAUGCAGACUUGUCAGUGAAUUCGGCUUUAGAUACCUCACAAGAUACUUCUGAAAGUCUUAAUGAAAGUUCUCAGGAAGCCUCGCAACAAUCUGAGUCUGAGACAGAGCCUGUGGCUGAGCCAGAAACAGUUGCUGAGCUGGAACCCGAACCAGUGGUUGAGCCGGAACCAGAGCCAGUGGUUGAGCCGGAACCCGAACCAGUGGUUGAGCCGGAACCAGAGCCAGUGGUUGAGCCGGAACCUGAGCCAGUGGUUGAGCCUGAACCUGAGCCAGUGGUUGAGCCGGAACCUGAGCCAGUGGUUGAGCCAGAACCCGAGCCAGUGGUUGAGCCGGAGCCUGAGCCCGAGGCAGAACCAGAAAAAACACCUGAGCCAGUGAAAGAGCCUGCCCCUAAACCGACUAAUGACACUGAAAAAGUUAAGGAAGAAGCUGAGCCUAUGGACCAGCAAGAAAUCAAAGAAGAACCGGUUGAGAAAGAAAAUGACAAUGCACAAGGUGAUGAGGCAGUUUCCAAUACGGAGGAGCCUAUGGAGGGAGUAAAGCAAGAGGUCAAGGAAGAAAAGGAAGGUGAACAGAUGAAUGGAGAUCAUAUGGAAGAUGACUCGGAGCAGAAGCAAGAGCUUGAUGAUCAUAAAGAUAGACAUGAACGAGGUGAUAAAAGGAAAAGGUCAUAUUCAAGAUCUAGGUCACGUUCUCGUGAAAAGGACCGUCGCAGAUCUGGUGGUAGAGAUAGAUCUCGUGAAAGAAAGCCUUCACCAGUACAGGAACCUAAAGUUAGGAGGCGCCCACGAUCUCCCAUAGAGCCAGAGACAGAUGAUUGGAAAGCCUUAACAAAUGUUACCCUAGAUAGAUAUAAUGGUGAGUUGUCCCUCAAGAUUAGCAAGGACGGUUUAACAGGAAAGCCAAGUCAUGAUGAAGGGUUUGCUAUGGUAUGGGCGGGUGUUAGAGGAACAUAUGGCGUAAAAUCGGGCAAUGUUGCUUUUGAAGUGAAAUUGUUAGAAAAUUUGCCUGUAGAGCAUCUCGGACCAGAGGAGACAAAUCCUCAUGUACUGAGAGUUGGAUGGUCAACUGAUGACAACAAUCUACUGUUAGGAGAAGAAGCCCUAUCUUUUGGUUAUGGUGGUACAGCCAAAUCUUCAACAAAUCUCAAGUUCAAUGAUUACGGUGAGACAUUCACUGCUGAAGAUGUUAUAACAGCCUACAUUGAUUUAGAUUCGGAUCCAUGUGUGAUCUCCUAUGCUAAGAAUGGCAAGCACCUUGGCAUCUGUUUUGAGUUUGAGAAGUCCGAGCUUGGGGAGAAGGCCAUGUUUCCACAUAUCCUGACAAAAAAUACAUCAUUUGAGUGUAACUUUGGAUCCAAGGAAGAGCCAUAUUUUCCCCUGGAGGAAGAUUAUACCUUCAUUGAUGUUGUACCACUUGAAGAAAGAGUACGAGGAACGGAACAGCCAGAGAAAAAAGAAGAUUGUGAGAUUAUCAUGAUGGUAGGAUUGCCUGCCAGUGGAAAGACAACAUGGGUCGAUAAAUACAACGAGGAAAAUCCCAACGCUAAAUUCAACAUUCUUGGCACUAAUUCUAUCAUUGAUAAAAUGAAGGUCAUGGGUCUGCCGAGGAAACGUAACUAUGCCGGCAGAUGGGAUGUUCUGAUUGAUAAAGCAACUAAAUGUUUGAAUCGUCUACUUGAUAUUGCUAGUAAGAGAAAGAGAAACUACAUUCUAGAUCAGACCAAUGUGUAUGCAUCAGCUAGAAGACGUAAAAUGCAGCCAUUUGAAGGCUUCUCAAGGCGAGCAGUUGUUAUUGUACCUGAUGAUGAAACAUACAAAGAACGGUUUGAGGCUCAACAAAAAGUGGAAGGAAAGGAAGUGCCAGAAAGCGCUAUAUAUGAAAUGAAAGCAAAUUUUACGGUACCUGAUGUUGGUAUGCUGUUCGAUGAGGUAGAGUUUACUGAGCUCCAAAGGUCUGAAGCAGAGACUUUAGUAGAGCAGUAUAGAGAAGAGGGACAGAAAAAUCUGCCCCCUCCACCUCCCCCCUCCCCUCCAGAGAAGAGAUUUAGAGACGAAAGGGGCGGAAGAGAUAGAAAAGAAGGUGGAUUUGGAAGAGAUAGAGAUCGUCGAAGUGGAGGCAGUCGUUGGUCUGGCGGUGGUGGUGGUGGCAGCAGCGGCAGUGGUGGUAGUGGUGGAGGAGGAGGAGGAAGUAGAUGGGGUGGUGGCGGUGGUGGUGGAGGUAGAGAUCGUGGAGGCGGUGGUGGUGGUAGAGACAGAUGGGGAAGUGGAGGAAGUGGUGGUAGAGACGGUGGUGGUGGACGCUUCGGUGGUGGUGGUGGCGGCGGAAGUCGUUGGGGUGGUGGUGGUGGCGGCGGAGGAGGAGGUGCUGGUGGUGGAAGAUGGGGAGGAGGUGGAGGUGGAGGUGGCCGCAAUGAUCGUAGUGGUGGUGGUGGUAGACAGGGAGGAGGUGGAGGAGAUCGUAACAGAGACCGCUGGGGUGGUGGAGGCGGUGGUGGUGGUGGUGGACGUGAUGAACGUGGUGGUGGUGGCGGAGGUGGUAGAUUUGAUAGAGACAGGAGGAGUGGAAGUAGUGGAGGGGGAGGAGGUGGUGGUGGUUAUGGAGAUAGACAGAGAGGUUACGGUGGCAGCGGUGGUGGUGGUGGCGCCGCAGGCGGUGGUUAUGGCGGUGAUAGAGGAUAUAACAAGGGUAACCAAGGUGGCGGUGGCGGAGGUCGUAGUGGUGGAGGUGGGGCAGGUUAUAACAAGGGUAGCGGUGGUAAAGUGGUGGUGGCAGCGGGGGUAACUAUGGAUCUGGUGGCAGCUAUAAUCAAGGCAGUGGUGGGAGUAGUGGUGGUAUGCAGAGUUAUAACACUCAAGGUGGUACUGGGUACAAUCAAAGCAGCUGGGGUAAUCAGACUCCGGGUCAGCAAGGUCAACAACAAGCCUGGGGUCAACAAGGCUGGGGCGGUCAGGGACAGCAACAGGGCUGGGGAACUCAGGGCUAUGGACAGUGGGGUUAUGGCCAACAACAACAGGGAACCGAUCCAUCUCAGUCGGCACAGGCUUACAAUGCUGCAGCAUGGGGAGCAUACAAUACCGGUACCUGGCCUAAUUGGAACCCGCAGUAUAAUCAGCAAUAUCAACAAUGGUACGGUCAGCAGGCUGCCGGACAGUAUCCACAGACUGGUACCGCUACAGGCACUGGCACUACUACCACCGGAACUACUGGGGGAACUAGCACGGGGGGAGCAUCAUAAACUGUUAAAAUAUUGACUGUUAAUAUAAAAUGUUGAUAGUAAAGACUCUUGUCCAUAUAAUGACUUUGUUUGACUAGAUCUUCUGUUAAUUUUUUAAAGAAAAAGAAGAAUGCUGGUUUCAGGGCCUGUAGAAAGUUACAGAGAUCAGUCAAUGGAUAUGCUCAUUGUCAAGAUCAUUGAAGUGAUUCAAAUUAAAACAAUUCAAGGCAAUGUGUGCUUUUAUGUCUUAGAACUUGCUAUAGAAUGUUUUGAUACUAUUGAAUUGUAACUGGCAGAUAGGAUUUGUUAAUGGUGAUGAAUAGAUUGUCAAUGGUAAUCUUUAUUUAGAGAGAAAGGAAAAACAUGCUAUUGUGUUCAGAUAAAUUGAGAUUUUUUUAUAAAUUUCUUUUUUUGGGGGGCUUUGAAAAGGUUAAAAUAAAUGAGAACGAGGGAAGCAGUUUUGAUUGAUUUUUUUUUAUGCAAUGUAUUUUAGCCAUGUAAGUUUUGCUAUGAUUUAGAGCUUUUGUUCUAUAUGUUGCCACUUCUGCUGAAAGUCUAUCACUGUUAUGAAAAAAGCAAGAUAUUUUACCUUACAUCACGUGUAUAUACUCAUUGUAUUAUUCCAUUGUUUCAUUUAAAUUUUUGUGGUCAAAUUUGCAUUUUUUUUCUGUCAAAAAAUAUUUUGCAAAAUGUCAUUAUGUGCAUAAAAAUUGUUAAUCAAAUAUAGUUGGAAGCAAUUUUCUUCAUGGUUUAAUACGUCAUUCCAUAUAAUGUGAAGAAAAAAUGAUUUUAAAAUUGUUGUAAAUGUUCAGAUUUUGUAAAAAGUGCAUUACAUAUUGUUUUACAAGUAAAGAUUUCAUUUA